GGAUUUGCUUUUAGCGCCGCAGAACCACCGUGCAUCAGCAGCGUCGGGUGGUUACUCACAAGCAGCCUAGGAUUUCAGCUCAUCGUAGCUUGCAAAACGUCUUAGCUUUUAAUAGUCACAUUAAAAAAGAAGUUCAGUUCGCCGAGAAAGAAAAAUGCAGCGAUGACACCGCCACCCUUUUAUUUUAGGGAUAAAUAGCCAUUUGCUUUUGAUGAUUAAAUCUGUUAUGCGAUCUGCAGAUUAAUUAUCCCGGGGACGAGCACAACUUUGUACUGGAAGUAUCCGAAGGACAGGAGGAAAACAGGAAGAUGGGAAGGAAAAAAAUUCAGAUCUCUCGGAUCCUGGACCAGCGGAAUCGGCAGGUUACCUUCACCAAGCGAAAGUUCGGCCUGAUGAAGAAGGCCUAUGAGUUGAGCGUGCUGUGCGACUGCGAGAUCGCCCUCAUCAUCUUCAACAGCACCAACCGCCUCUUUCAGUACGCCAGCACUGACAUGGACAAGGUCCUACUGAAGUACACCGAGUACAGCGAGCCACACGAGAGCCGCACCAACGCCGACAUCCUGGAGACUCUGCGCAGGAAGGGCCUGGGGCUGGAAGGAGUGGAGGUCUACAGCGAGGAGGGUGUUCCAGUGCCGGCCGGGAAGUACCAGCAGCUUGAGGAGAGUGUGGACCUGUCUGUCGCACGCCAGCGUUACUAUCCGCCACCUGCUCCUCCCCCAGAAGGCCCGUAUUUGCUUUCGGAGAACGGAUUCUCGGCGGGAAACGGCCCGGGCCCCGCGCCGCACCGAUCCCCUGCCUUUAAGCCUGGUUCCUUCAAACCAGGCACGCCAAGCCCGACGGGAUCACAUGCCCACUCAUCUCUUGGGCCGCCGCACACAGGAAUUGGCUACUCCGUGUUCUCACACGGUGGCCUGGGCAGAACUUUGGACAUGAAGACUUCACCUCCGCUGAACCUGGGCUGUGACGGACGGCGCAUCGAGUCGCACGCCGGUCUGCCUUGCAGCCGCGCCAACCUGAAUGGCGGGAGAGUGCUGUAUCAAGGCGGCCAUGCUGGAAACCACAUGAUACCCAUGGGGAAAGCAGAGUAUCCCUACGGGGGUUUCACCCACCCUGCCAGUUUACACCGAUAUGCUAUGAGCCACUGGCAGCCAUCGCCCCCCCAGGACACUGCCCACGGGAUGCCCAGUGGGGGGUGCUCCCUCCCAGUGCCCAGCUCCGCGCCACCCCCGCAUCUGCGCUCCUCCCUCAACCUCAGCAUCAAAUCCGAGCGCGCCUCCCCCGAGCACUCAGGCUCCCCGGCCACUCCACCCCUCCAUCGCGUCGAGCACCAGUCGCCUAUCAGCAACCAUGAGGAGGCCGGCCACGCCCACCCCGAGGCAUACCCAAUCAUGGAGAGGGAGGAUGUGCCGAAAGGAGGCUAUUUGUGUCAACACGGCUCAGCCCGGCCCACGGCGGAGGACAAGGGCGGGAUGCCGAUUCGGCAGCUAGAGAUAGUGGAUGGGUGGCAGAGAUAGCCAGGCAGCCUGUUGGGGGGGGGGGGGAGGCUGGCUUCUUCAUUUGCGUAUCCCAAAGGAUAAGCCCCAGUGUUCUACUCGUCCAUGUGGGAUCACACAGUUCCUUUUGUGUUCCGGAAUGGGACAGAAUUCGAGUCGGCUUGUCGGUUUUAGAUACAGCUUCUGGAUAGAGGAAUCGAAAUCCCUCUUACGGCCGUGUGGAGCCUGAGCAGGUGAGCUGAGCUCAGGACGUCCCCUUCACCUUCUCAGGGUACCAAAGGCUUUGCGUUUCAGAAAAGCACAGCGCCACCUGAAAGCCCCCCUGCUUCUUAAUCGUAGUUUUUAUUCUGCGCGGUAGUCGUGUGUCAGCGAGAAUUGGUAUAAUCCCCCCCCACCCCCAACGCCAGUUGGAGAUGUCACUGCGUGUGGCAUCUUUUUACAUUUCACAAAAUGGCCCCCUUGGAAACCCAAAAUUCAAAGUGUAGCAGUUCAGGUAAACUAAACUUAACUGAAAUGACUGCUGGGGUACAGUAAACCAUGCCAUGAAUAGUAAAUUAUAAAAUCAUUUUUUUUAGUCUUAGAUCUUUUUUUUCAUUGAAAUGACUUUUUACAUAAUGAUGGUUCCACGUUAAUGUUAUGAUUCGAUUGUUUUUCUUUGUUAGUUUUUCCUACCUUCACGACUUCACGUGUCCCAAUAAGGGUUUUCUGAAAGAUGCACUAGAAGAUACCAGGCUUUCACCAUCACACUUCCUGCCAGCCUCAUAUCUCAUUUUUAAAUGAACAAAGCGAUUUUAAAUGCAUCUGAUCUACCACUUUGUAAUACGGCGUUUGAUUACCAUGACUCGUGCUCUGCUUCCAAAUAAAAUGCCUGCAUAUUUCUUUUUCUGUUUUCUAUGGAAAGAAAGAAAUAUCUGUAGCUGAAA